AUGCGACUUAUCAACACCAAUGACGGCCGGUUCGAGGAGUUUAUUAGCAACGAUAUUCCAUCAUACACAAUCCUAUCACACACGUGGGAAGAUGGAGAGAAGAAGAUUGAUAUGACGUGUUGGAUAGCGAAAAAGGACGGAUAUCAAUACGCCUGGGUCGACACCGGUUGCAUCGACAAAUCCAGCAGCGCUGAGCUAGCCGAGGCUAUUAAGUCCAUGUAUCAGUGGUACCAACAAUCCUCAGUGUGCUACGUCUUUCUUUCCGACCUCCCGCCUCCGCGAGUCGCCCCUUUGGAAAUUGCUCUAUCACGAUGUCGGUGGUUUGCUCGUGGAUGGACUCUCCAAGAGCUGAUCGCCCCAGCAAACGUGGUAUUCUUCAACGGGGAGUGGAAGGACAGGGCGACAAAGAAACGCUAA